UUUCGCAAAGCACUCAGAAUUUCGUUUUCUACAUCAUACCAAACUUAUUAGGAUUUGAGAAUGCUAAGCUUCCUCCAAAAAGCUACUUUUGUUGUAUGCAUAUGAAAGGUGGACAUACCACCUGCUUUAAGCAUCCGUCAGAGCUUUACAUCUAACUAGUAUUAUAAUUUGUUCCCAAGUAGAGGGUUUUUUGGCAUGGAUUUUGGACAUAUAGUACCUUUUUGUAACAAAAGAAGUGGUUCUAUUAAUUCAUUGGCAACUGUGACUUGCUGGAUGGUUGGGAAGUCUACUUGCUGGUGGAGGUGGAAGCAGUCGUUUUAACUCAUAGUGCUUUUAUUUGUGCCAUUGAAGGUCUAUUAGGAGCAACAUUGAUGAUCAUAAGUCAUAUGGGAGGCCCAAAUCAGGCAGUUUCAGGAAACGAUCUCGAGACCAGUUUGAUAAUGCGAAAAGGAAGAGGCAUAAUUCUAGCCUUGGUCGUGGUUCUACGACAACUAAACCUAUUGAUACUAUUUAUCGCAUACUUUUGUCCUGUGAAAAAGAUUGGUAAUGUUCUUGGGAAAGGAGGUGAAAUAAUUAACGCGCUCAGAGGUGUGACCCAUGCAAAGAUAAGGGUUGCAGAUGCUGUUCCCGGGGCAGAGGAGAGAGUAGUUAUGAUCUUUUGUUACCUGUGGCAAUCCGAAAGAAAUGAUUCUGAUCAGGAUCCCUAUGAUAAUGAUGGAAUUGAGUUAGAGGAUAUGCGUUCCCGUUGUCCUGCACAAGAUGAUUUACUGAAGAUCCACUAUUGGAUUGCUGCAGAUGAGAUUCUACGAGGUGGUGUGAUACAAGAAAAUACUGAACCUGAUGGUGUUGUUACUGCUCGAAUUUGGUUCGCCAAGAAUCAAGUUGGGUGUCUUCUUGGCAAGGGUGGAACAAUUAUUCAGUAACUUCGAGGUGAUACUGGUGCAAAUAUUCACAUAUUGCCUUCGGAUCGCUUUCCACCUUGUGCCAGGAACAGUGAUGAACUAGUACAGUUCUCUGAAGGACCUGCCAGCAUCGGAAAUCAAAGCCUCCCCAAACCAACUCGAAGAAUCAAAAGAACAAGCAGCAAGUUGAAGCUGGAGAGGAUGAUUUCACCCUGAUGCGUUUUCCUAGUCGUUCGAAGCAAGUCCAGCAAAAUUCAGAAAAAAGGUGAUGAUGAGCCCGCCAUACCCCACCUUCCGGGUGUCACGUGCCAAACCUCUUUGGUCAUAUUAUGCCAUCGAGUCAAAGGGUCAUUGGAGCCAUGCCGGAGUUUAGCUUGUAAUUGUUGAAUCAGGUCACCACUGCUGACCCACUUACUUUCAGAGGAUAUGAUGAUAACCUUCGCUUUAAGAGUUUUGUUCGUGUCAUCCCACUUUCCUCACCACAAAGCAGCAGUUCGUCAUCGUGCUCGCUGCAACGCACAUUACCACCACCCCACCCUCAUAAAUGGACACCGGCAGUCUCCCCCUUGCAUUCCUCCGAGUGAUUGGCCUGCAAGCUCCCAGCUAACCAGUUUCUCAUCUCUCUUGACAUGGCCAAACCUCCCAAGAAUAGGCUGUGAUGUUUGUCUUCCAUGUCUCCGCCUUCCUCGUCCUCCUCCACCUCGUCACCUUCCUCCUUACCAAGCUGUUCACCUCCCUCCUUGAAAGAGUUGCCGCUUCGACAGACCAAAGGAAUUCGCAGCUCAUCAGCGAAGAUGAGAUCAAGCCCAUAACAACGUACGAGUGCUACUCUGAUGUCGAAGAGUUAGCUGCCAGCAUCUUUGGCACGGAAGACGGCCUACUGUUUUUCUACGACGAAAGCAUCACUGCUGAUACCCCACUUCUCGAAGAAGCAAAAGACUUCGAUGAGCGACACGCCUUCAAAGUCGACGAAAGCUUUGUCGCAGAAUCCCCUCUGGAAGACCAUGAAGGUCUCGGGCUCGAGCAUGGCGAUGUUGCGGCGAUCGUCGACCUAAAACCAUCGAAUCAUCCACCUUCAAUCAUAUCUAAUGGGCCUCUAAAAGAUGAAGAUACGGGUGGGGAUGCGCUCCACAGCAAUGAAGAUGAGAAGCAGCAGGAGUUGUCAAAGAAGGAGAAACUCUUCAUCGUCGACCGAACCCAUUCUGUCGACAGCAAAAGGUUGCAGCUGGAGGAGGACACGUUCGGUGGUUCUCUCACAGGUGCAUCGACAUCCAAGAGCUCUAUGGAGUGGAGAAGCUCCACGAUCUUCAGGGACUCGGAGACAGAAUGCCCCUUCUCCUCCUCAUCACGCAGGAGCUCUUCCAACUGGGAAACGUACACCUUGUUCCGCAAGUACGACGAGGAGAUGAUGUUCUUCGAUAGAAUCAGCGCACAAAAGCUGACGGAAACAGAAUUAUUUAGAUCGAUGAAGUUCCAACCAAGAUCAACCUCGCAAAGGAUAGCUCACAUAUUUACAACACACAAGAACAGGGGAAGCAGGGAUCCGUAUCAAGAACUGGAGGGUGCUUAUGUGUCUCAGAUUUGCCUCGCAUGGGAAGCUCUUAACUGGAAUUACACCAACUUCCGGCGAAGGAUUGCCAAGGGAUCAGACAGCGAAAGCUCUUCUUGCACCGCAUGGAUAGCUCAGCAAUUCCAACAGUUCCAGGUCCUCUUGCAGCGAUUCAUAGAAAAUGAGCCUUAUGAGCGCGGUCGGAGGCCCCAAGUCUUCGCUUGGAAGCGGAUUUCUUCUCCAAAGUUGCUCCAAGUUCCUGAGUUCCGAGAUACAGAAGCAGAUGAAGGUAAAGAAGAAAUGAUCUCAUCCACCGAGUUCUUGGCGAUUCUCGAAGAUGCGAUUCGAACGUUCAUGAACUUCCUCAAGGCAGACACGACGAAUCCUUGCCAAAUGCUCAAAGCUUUCUUCAAGACAAAGCCCAGUUCGGUGGAUCCAAAUCUUCUUCGUCUUCUCAAAAGAACUAAUAAGAAAAACAAGACGAGGCUUAAGGAUCUCUCGAAGCGAAGAAGGUGUCUGACGAAGAAGAAGCGAAAAGGAGAAGAGGAUAUGGAGAUAUUGAUGGGUCUAAUAGACAUGAAGAUCGUGUCCAGAGUCCUAAGGAUGCCUGAGAUCAGCCAAGAGCAGCUGCGGUGGUGCGAGGAGAAGAUGAGCAAAGUGAAAGUAUGGGACGGCAAAAUCCAAAGAGAUUCGUCCCCACUUUUCUUCUUCCCUGUUCGCUAACUCCAACGUCGCCAGCGUCGUGUAAUCUGCUUUGCUUUAGGUUGCCUGAUGACUAGAUAAAGCGCCUGGAUAUACAUGAGAACAUGCAUCCCACCCUGACCUUGUCACUGCAAAGACAGAGACAGGUGCCCACAGUUGGACAUGGGUGCAUGCAUGUUGGUGUGACUUGGAGAUCGAGGUUUUGGGAUGCAAUGUUGGGUAGAAAAAGGAGAAAAGUGUAUAGGUACUCCUGUGACCAUUGAGUGACAAAACAAAAGUGACAUAUAUAUUAUAUAUGUAUAUAUAUAAUACAUAGAGCAGAGAGAGAGAGAGAGAGAGAGAGAGCGAAGCGCACCUUUAGCUUUUUGCUUUACGUGGCUACGUUUCUUGGUGGAUAGGGCUCCCACAAAAGAAGAAGCUGGCAGGCAGCAAACAAACACUAAUAACAGCAGUUCUUUCUUUCAUGCCAAGUCUAUUUUAGAGUGUCACCUUUGUUUUCGUCAAACCAGGAUUAUGGCACUAAUUAUACUUUAAGAUAUCCAUGAGGGCAUCGUGUUCGGCUUGACUAAGUUUACGUGGUCUUUGUGAGAGGAUAAUAAAUAGUUACGGCAUAAAUGUGUAGCGAUAUGUAUUUAAUACUAAGCACAUGAGAAAUUUUAGAUCAUAGGGACGUUGAUUGAUCUGACCAAUGGGGCCAACAUUAGUGGACGGUCUUGAUGUAAAGCUGGACCUCCCCCCAGCCCCCAAAGUGGAGGCUGAACUGGAGCCACUGAUUUUGGUGGGGCCUAUCUCAGCGGACACCAUGCAAAGGGGAGUAUUUAAGGUUGGAGAGGGUCCACUGCCAGCGGAGAGGCCCGACGGCACGUCACGCGUCUCUUCCUCCGCUUUCGCCUGUCUCGUGCGAGCGUCUUCUUGGUAAAGAUUCGAUCUAGGGUUGGAAUGCACAAAUCAUUCAAGAGGAGUUGCGGUGUCGAGUCGACCGCAACAGCACCGGCGUGGGCGGUGAUUCGUCGGGAGGUGACUCGUGGAGUUGUCGCCCGGCUCCGAGGGGUUGGCCUCACGCAUUCAACAGCCUGCUUUGCUCGGAUCGGUGGCUGCUUCUUCCAGAUGUGGUGGGACUGAACUGGCUUUCGGUGAACCAACAAGUUGAGCCUUCGGCUCGCUUAAAAUACUUUGUUGCAUGGUUCUUACUGUCUGUUGUAACGUCUCUAGAAUCGGAGAGCGCAAAUAUUGUACUUCUUUACUGGGUGAGCAACACAUUAUAUAGGAGAAAGUAAUUAGAGCCUUCGGCUCACUAUAAAUACUUUGUUGCAUGGUUCUUAUGGUCUGUACUUUGUUGCGUGGUUCUUAUGGUCUGUUGUAACGUUUCUAGAAGCAAAUAUUGUACUUCUUU